AUGAAGAAGUUAUUGAAAACCAUCAACAAGAAGUCCAGUAGUAGCCCCGAGCGCGCUGGCGGCGCACCCACUGUCUUGCCCCAGGGUGAUGCGCCGGAAGCUGUCGUCGUCCGUGAAGUGACUGCCUUUUGCGAAUCCGGCGCACCCAAUGCGCCCAAUUCCGGGGAGGAGUACCUCCAUUUGCCUGCAAUUGUCGAUGCCGCCGAGUCCAGUCCUACGGCUGCAAAGCAGGCCGCAGGGACCAUCCGAAGAUAUCUGUCUAAAGAACACUAUCAGAGAGGAUUCGCGCAAUACAAUGCCAUCAUGCUCACUCGUAUCUUGACCGACAAUCCUGCCCAUGCGUUCACCCAGUUCUUUGAUGUCAAGUUCGUCUCCACGGUCAAAGAGCUCUUGCGCGAUGGGAAAGACACAAGCGUGCAGCAAAUCCUACGAGAAACCCUCGACUACUUCGAAGUCGAGAAACUGCCUGGGAACGACACAUUGAGUCCUCUGAUCGAGAUGUGGCGGAAGGAGAAGGGAAAACGAAACACCCUGCGCUAUUCGGUAGGUUGGAGUUCUUUGGAAGCUGUUGGCACUGAUCAUCGCACUGAACACCACCAACAGCAAUACCGUGUUCCGCCCGCUUUCGCUGGUGCACGACAACAAUCUACGCGCAGACGCGACGCCCUUCCGCCUCCAGAUGAGCUUGUCUCACGUAUUGAAGAAGCCAAGACCACAGCCCGACUUUUGGUCCAAACGGUACAGUCUACGCCCCAAUCGGAAUUACAGGCAAAUGAUCUGGUCAGGGAGUUUGGAGAGAGGGCAAAGACUGCACAGAGAAGUAUUCAAGGGUUUUUGAAUGCGCAGAAUCCGGCUCCAGAUCCAGACACUAUGCUCACAUUGAUCGAAACCAACGAUCAAUUGAACAUCGCCAUGUCUAAACACCAAAGAUCAAUAUUACAAGCGAGGAAAGCGAACGGUCUUUCCACACCAAGUCCUCAGAAUGAGACAACGACCAACCCACUGUCAGUACCUCAACACAAUCUGGGUCAAAAUGUCUACAAUGCCCCAGUGGUGUCCAACCCAGGGCCGUAUACAGCCUCUCCUCCAGCCCAGCAACAGCACCAGCAGGCUCCAAGUCCCGUCAGUCCUAUAAGAAGAGAUGAUCACUUCUCCCCCCCACCCGGGCCACCACCAGGUGCUCGAGGUGCCGUGAGGACUCAACCUGUACAUUCCCCAACAAGUAGUUUCGACUACGCCAGUGCGUAUGCAGCCCCCUCUGGACCACCCCCCACAAGUGGAUAUACUGCACCUCCUGGACCACCCCCUUCAGGAGAAUACAAUGCCCCACCCGGACCACCACACUUACCAGAUCGAUCACGACCAUUAUCACAAGGAUUCUCUGAACCUCCAGUGGUUUCGACGACGGCAUAUGGAGUCUCAGAAAAUCCAUUUGCAGAUGAUGCUUAUGGAGAGGAUAGUCAACCGGCACGGAGAUCACAUGCGCUCUUUGACAGGAGUCAGAACACACCGCCCCCGCAGGCUGACCAGUCAAGACCCGGUGGUUAUCAAACAACUCAGAGCUACAUUCAGCGACAAGAUUCCUCAGCGGCGAACAUUACGGUUCAUGGAGCUAGUCCUCCCGUUGAAACAGCCGCCCAAGAUCAAAGAAACAGUGGCUAUGGCGGUAGCGUUGUAAGCCCGGUUGAUGACACGCAAGGUGUUGGUAAGAAGAUGAAUGAUUUGAGAAUUUGA